GGGGGCUUGGUUGGAGCCAGGCCCCGCGGCACAUGAUUAAAUAGCGGAACCUUGGGGUGAGCUUUGUUCAUGUAAUCGGACAGUUUUUAUCGAUGCACCGUCUAUGACAUCACAUGGACGAAUGUAACUGUUGACAGCAACAACGAGUUGAUGUUGGCCUCUAUGUCCAUGAUGAUGUCACACGGUUUUAAGAGCAGUAAGCAGGAGUUUACCUUUGGACCAUGGAAAAUAACUGCUGCAAAGAACCACAUCAUGAAAUCCAAAGACAUUGAACGGUUAGCAGAAGAGAUGAACAUGCCUUCUCUCCCAGAGAUGCUGUUCGGGGACAAUGUCCUGCGCAUCCAACACACAGAUGGCUAUGCUAUUGAAUUUAAUGCCAUUGAUGCCCUCAAGAGAGUCAGCAACAUGGAGGAUGCUGUCAAGGUGGCUUGUGCUCAGGAAUGGCAGGACAGUAGAGCUGAUUCUGAACACUCCAAAGAGGUGGUGAGGCCUUACAACUGGACAUACACCACAGACUACAGAGGCACUCUGAUUGGAGAAGGUGUGGAGAUAAAGGUGACUGAGACAGCAGAACGUAUCAACAUGGAGAAGCUGAAGGCUCGGGAACAGAUCAUGUUCUUUGAUGAGGUGCUGCUGUUCGAGGAUGAGCUGCAUGACCACGGAGUCUCAAUGAUCAGUGUAAAAAUUAGGGUGAUGCCCACCAGUUUCUUCUUGUUGCUGCGCUUCUUCUUACGAGUGGAUGGAGUGCUGAUCAGAAUAAAUGACACACGACUUUAUCAUGAGGGUGGAAAGAAUUACAUGCUACGAGAAUUCAGCACAAGGGAAAGCAGAAUCGAUGAACUCAAGAAUGUUCCUGCUGCACUAUACACUGAUCCAAAUGAGAUAGCCCAGCAUUUAACUCUGAAGCUGACAGUGUGUGAGAGACUGGAGCUUCCUGUGACACAGUGUCAGACAGCCGUUAACAAAGUCCUUCAGUGACCAGCAUACAGUAACGUUCACAUUGAUGUGUUGCAUGAUGAAAAAUGGGAGGUAAUUCUUAAACAAACAUUAAACAUUAUUAACCUUACAGUAACAAAAACAGUUGAUCUCCCCUUCCAGUAUCUCUGCAGUAAUAGUUAUAAUAUGUUAGCACUAGGAUGGUUUGUUCUUAAGAUACUGCAACUGACUCUUUUCAAUACAUUGACAUUGAUUUUGUUUUAUUAUGUAUUUUCACUGUCAGCUUGAUCAGCCUUUUGAUACAUUGUUUUGACACAUUGCCCAGCAGGAUAUAUAUUUUUCCCAUGCAUGAAUAUUAGGUUGUGUAUUUGUAAGAAGCUACGCAAAACUGCACUAGAUUUUCUGAAGUCCAACUCACCAGGAAUUUUUGUAAAUAUGGCUACUGUAUUUCCUACAGUGACUUCAGGAAAGUGAAAAAUCUUGUUUUCCAUUUGCAAAUCACAUACAAUGCCUACUAACUACAUGGCUGAAUAAAUUUUGUGUAAAUA